UGCAAUGCACUAGCUCUAUACAGAGCUCUGCUAAGUUAGCAAAGGGGACUGUGCAAUGCACUAGCUCUAUAUAGAGCUCCACUAGGUUAGCAAAGAGUGCUGUGUUAUGUAUUAGCCAAAUACAGAUCUCCACUAGAUUAGCAAAGGGAACUGUGCUGUACGAUAGCUCUAUACAGAGCUCUGCUAGGUUAGCAAAGGGUGACAUGCUGUGCACUAGCUUUAUACAGAGCUCAACUAGGUUAGCGAAGGGUGCUGUGCAGUGCUAUAGCUUUAUGUAGAGCUCCACUAGGUUAGAAAAGGGUGCUGUGGUAUGUAUUAGCCAAAUACAGAUCUCCACUAGAUUAGCAAAGGGAACUGUGCUGUACAAUAGCUCUAUACAGAGCUCUGCUAGGUUAGCAAAGGGUGAUAUGCUGUGCACUAGCUUUAUACAGAGCUCCACUAGGUUAGCAAAGGGUUCAAUGCUGUGCACUAGCUCUUUACAGAGAUUCGCUAUGUUACAAAGGGUGCUGUUUGGUGAACUAACAGAGCUCUGCUUGGUUACAACGAGUGCUGUGGUGUGCACAAGCUCUAUACAGAGCUCCACUAUGUUACAAAGGGGUGCUGUUUAGUGUGCUAACAGAGCUCUGCUAGGUUACAAAGGUUGAUGUGCAUUAGCUCUUUACAGAACUCAGCUAGGUGUAAAAGUGGGUGCUGCCUUCUCUGUCAGUGGCAAAUGAUGCCCAGCUAGGCUAGCAGAGGGCAGUAAAUGCCAUGUUUGCUUAUAGUUCUAUUUGUUCAGCAAUAGGUAAUCUGUAUAGAGGAUUAAACUGGGCCAGCUUCUUUAGAGAUCUUGUGUUGAACAAAGAGAAAUGUUUUGUAUUCUACUAGCUAUACCAUGAGCUCAGCUACACUGGAUCUGGGCCUGUAUACUGUGGUAACUCGAUGCUGUUUUUAUCUAGAAUUGGAAUGGUGCAAGUUCUCUGAAACUUAUGUAGAUAGCACUGUUGGUUGGGAGUGGGGCUAUAUUUGAUGCUUGCUCAGGAUAUGAAUGGAUGCUAUAUUGUGUGACUGGCUGUACAAAGAGGUAUACUGGAUCAGGAAUGGGUUAUAUAUGCUGUUCCAGGUUUGUAUAGCAUUUCUGGAAAGGAUGCUGCUUAAUACUGUAUUUGCUGAAUAGUUCAUAGUUCAUUUUGGUUAGAAGUAGGUGAUUUAUACUGUGCCAGAAGCAUAUUAAUUUGUAUAGGGUCAGAAUGGAAUCUGAAUAGCUCGCCAGCUCUAUGCACAGUUGAGAGUGGUCAUAGAUGAGUUCUGUAUAUUAGAGAAUGGGUGUCUUAUUCUGUGCUAGCUUUAUACAUUACUCAACUAGAUCAGGAAUAGAUGCUGUAAUGUGUGCUAUGCCUACAUCCAGUUAUUUAAAUAAGGAAUAGAUGUAGUUUGGGCUAAUUAUACAAAGAGUACUGUUUGGUCAUGAGUGGGUUAUAUGCUUCUGGUUGCAUAUUGUGAUCAGCUAGAUGGGAAAUAUGUUUGAAUUUUGUACUAGCUCUACACUGAGCUCAGCUAGGCCAGAAAUGGGUGAUGUUUUCUAUGCUGAUCUAAAGGCUGUUGCAUUCUAUUUUAGGUUUUAAAGAAUUCAAUUAGGCCAAGGAUUGGUUUCAUGAUAUGCUAACUUUAUUUUGUGCUCAGCUAGAACAGAGAUCGGUUUUUCUACUGGUCAAGUCCAGCACCAAAAUUCACUAGAUCGGUAAUAUGUAUUGUAAUCAGUGCCAGGUGACUGCGAAGCUCAGUUAGGUGCUCAAUGGCUUCUCAGUAUCAUUGCACCUGCAUAGAGAGUUCAUCUAGAACAAUUAUAAAGCCCUAAACUAUGUUUAAGUAAGUCAACAAUAAAUGAAACAUACUGUACUGGCUGCAUACAUAUGUCAGCUACAUGGGGUAUAAUGUGCUAGGUCUAUAAAGAUCUCAGAGCUAGGUUGGGUGUAUUCUGUGAUAACUACCUACACUUAUCGAGAUGUAUUAUGGUAUACUUCGUUUACACAGAUAUCAAAAUGAGCCUAUUUAUGCUGGUUGUGCAAUCUCUGUUAAGAGCUCAGACAGGUUGAGAAUAGAUCAAGUAUAAAAUUGUGAGCCACACGCUACUAGCCAAGCCUUAAAAGUUACUUGCCACUGCAUUCCAUAGCAUAUGUACCAGGGAUGAACUUUAGCCUAAUGGUCUCUUAAUACAUCCCUUUUUCUUCAUAAGUAUGUUAGCCAAGACAAUUAAAGAAUUUGUAUCCUAUACUGGCAUUUUAGUUAAGUCUGUAAAAGUUAUAAAAUACUAAAGUAACACUAUGUCAUCUAGACUACACCCAGCUAAGAGUAAUGAGAAGUUCAUAUUUUAGUUUUAUCUGUACAAUAGAGAAAAACUAACUGGGUUAUAUGCAACCUAUUUGUAUAGCUCAAUAGAGCAUUGUCCUGUUAUUGUGGUAUCAGUUACGGUUUAGUAGCUCAUUAGUGUUUUGCACAGUGUUUUGUUUUUUUUAUAAAUUAUUUUUACAAUUCUAGGUAAUAAGUUAUUUUCACCCUCAGUGCAGUAGAGUUGGAAAUGUGCUCAGCAUAUUAAACUACUGUAUCUCAAUUUGCAGCUAAUUUGGGCCAGACCCGGGAGCUGCUUAGCUCUGAAGAGCCCACCAAAGGUUGUAGCAUCAGCAAUGGGUACAAUAUACCUGUCAAUGCUUGUCUACUAGUCAUACAAGCAUGUUCCAUUUACUGAGAUGUCUAUUUUAGAGCUACAUUUAAUUAGUACUUGGUACAAAGGAAUCUUUGUACAAUAAACUAAUAUAUGUUGUCCUGCACUAAUCUGUCCAUCAUAGUAAAUGGCUCUAACAAAAUUUUCAAAUGUUUUGAUCAUGAGUAUCAUACUAUGUUAAAUGUAAUAUUGUCCAUAUUCUACAUACUGAGAUAUUUCAGAUUCCUUCAAAUCCUGCUUAAUGUGUCUUAAUAUAAAUUCUCUUCUGUAUUGAUUGGUAAAAUAUGUGAGUAAUUAGGACUUUAUUACACUAGAAUACAUUGUAUGAUUGUAUUCCGGAUCAUGAUAAUAAGGUAUGCUUUACAUACUUAAAUAGAUGAAAAAAGACAGGUGGUCCAUCAAGUUCAUCCUUUAUCAAAUCUGUUUUUGCUGUUGAUCCAAAAGAAGGCAAAAAAAAAGAAUCCAGUUUGAAGUGCUUGCAUUUAACUGAGCAACUAACCUUGGAAAUACUGAGUAGUGUAUACAGCAAUUUAAAGGGACAGACAUUGCACAGUUAUUUACUAAAGUUAGAAUUCAAAAGGAUGUUCAACAGUAAGGCCAAAGUAGCCAAACUGAAAGAAAUUUCCAUUUUGACUAUUUUGAUCUUAAAUUUGAAAUUCUCUUUGAAUUCUCAGUUUAGUGAAUAACCCUGUUAGAGUAUUCUGAUUUGUAUUUUGUUGCAUACUAGUAUUAGAGCUGUAUAUUUCUAAUUGUGUGAUUAAACACUAAACAAUUAUCAUGUAAAUUGUAUUUGUAUGCAUGUGUAGUAUUUCAUUCAAAAGCUUUAGAAAUUAGUUGAAUUGCUUUUAGUCCAUUAAACUAAGAAAGAUGACAUGUGAGGUAUAUAAAUCAUACGUGUUUUAGUCCUUGGAAGAAAAUGUGGUAAUCUACAGUUGGCAUGGGUAUUUCAGAAUCUAAACUAAUUGUCUGAAUGACUAUAAAAGCUGUAAAAAAAAAAAAAACUACAGCAAGAUGGCGGAUCCAUGUAGAGUGUGAUUUAUGUGAGUAAUUGAGUAAUUCAAAUACUCAAUUACUCAAUUAUUAGCAUUGUUUAGUUUUUUUUUGUUUUUUUGUUUUUUUAAAGCUGGUGCAGGUUUACUUUGCAGGUCUGGUAUUUAAAAGAACAGUCUACAUUUUAUAAUAGUCAGUGUGGUUACUAACAGGCUUCCACCUGGUGCAGUGUCAUCUGAAAAAAAAACAAUUCUACACUUGUACCCAUUUUAGGUACACUGAAAUAUGCAAAAAUCAUAUUAUUGUUCUAAUGCUAACUUCAACAAUAAAUUUUACCCCUUAAUCCAAUAUUUCAACUAAUUUGCAACCCUAAUUGAAACAGUAAAACUAACUCUAACACUUAAUUAACACAACUUAACAACUUUCCUUCUAUCUAUCACCCAGCUCUAGCACCUAACCACAUGUAUUAACUCCCUUCCCCUUUUCUUUUGCUUAUGUUCUCAGCUUCAGAACAAGCCCCGUCCCUAUUUCCACUCAUUUCUUGCGGCGAGUCUAAGGAUCCUGUCAUCAUUGGUUGUUUGGCCAAAGAUUUCUUCCCUGCAUCUGUUAGCUUCAACUGGAAAGAUGAAUCCAAUAGCAGCAUUAAUUCUGGCUUCAAGAACUUUAAGCCGGUGUCAAGGACAGUGUCCGGAGAUCAAAGCUAUGCAUCUGCAAGUUCCCAAUUGCAAGUGACAAGUGACAGCUGGAAUCAAAAUAAACCAUUCUACUGCGAGGCCACACAUAAAAGCAAUAUCAAGAGCGUCAAACUUCAAAAAAGAGGUAGGAUUUGAUAAUUUCAUAUCUUAAUUAUACAAUAAGAACCAAACGUUUGUACACAGGCACAUGUUUAAAUAAACCACUGUUGGAUUUUAGAUGCAUUUUUUUGUGUUCACAGACAUGUCCAAGAUCUGUUGCAUUGUUCGAUUUUGAAUGGAAAUAAUAUUCCAAAAAAUUUAAAAAAUAUUCCCCACAGGAUAAAUUAAAUUGUUCCAUGUUUUUAUAAUCUGAUCCCGAAGGGAAUUAUACCAGUAGGGACUUCAAUUAAUUUUGAACAUCCCCAUCUCAUUUGAAGAGUGACAGUAUCAUGUUAUGGUAUUGUCAAAGCAAAGCUAAUGUGUCUCUUGUUAUAUGUGCCUAGACCACAUUGGUCCUAGAAUUAUUCACCCAUGAACAUGGAACAGAAUAAAUAUUUCAGUUUUAGUAUUUUCUUUUAAAUUAAUUUGUUCCUUGUUCUUCUUCUCCUAAAGAAACAAUGUAAAUUAUUAAAGCUUACAAUUUUAGUGUAAAAGAAAGAACAUUUUAAGAUAGAUGAGAUAGAGAAUACUUUCAUAUCUUUUUAACAUUUUAUUUCUUUCUCAUACAGAGACAGUCGUCAAAGCUCCAAUUGUGUCCAUUAACCCGCCACUUCAAGAGAGCACAACUGUAAAUGGAGAUGUCAUUAUUGUGUGUGUUCUUAAUGGAUUCAGUCCAAAUGUUAUUGAAGUGAGAUGGCUUAAAAAUCAUAACAACUCAAUUGAAAGUACAAUUGGAGAGCCAGUAGCAGAUAAAAAUGGCAGCUUUAGAGCAACUACCUUUAUAUCUGUUCCUCAAAGUGAAUGGGACAGGAACUCUAUAUUCUCCUGUGAAGUGAAGCACCCAGCAUCCAAUUUUUAUGAAAUGAAGAAUACCAGUAAAUCUGAAGUGUGCAGUAAGUUUUCUUGCUAAUUUAUAAGUGAAUGCAAUUAAGUGUUAAAUGAAUAAUGCUUCAUAAUUAAAAACACAUUUUAUUGAGAAACACAAAUAGUAAGGUACUUAUCUGUGACACCAAGAUAUUAUAGUGUAUAGGUUAAAUAUUGGUAACAUUUGCUACCAUUUUUUCAUGUGGUUUUACAAACCUACCAUUAUAUAGUCUAUAUUUACCUUAGUUGUAUCCCUUACUCAUACAUACUCAUACCUACUCAUACAGGUUAGCUUUGUACCAAUGCUGCAUCUUGCAGUAUAAAAAAAAUCACCUUGGAUGCUGUUUUAUUUUCACCGUCAGCCAUUCUCAAAAUGUAUCUUCUCAAUUCUCUCAACAGUAACUCAAUCUUCUGCAAUUCAAGUGGUUGCGAUUCCACCAUCAUUUGAGAGUAUCUUCAAUGAUAAAAAGGUCAAACUCACCUGCAGAGUGUCUAACAUGCCUUCUCCUGAUGGCCUAGUUAGUAUCAAAUGGUUUCAGAAGGGGAAUCCAGAUAAGCCCCUGGACACAAAACAAGAAGAUGGAGAUUAUGCAGGGGGAUACAUAGUCAAUGGUGUUGCUGAGGUCUGUGCUGAUGAAUGGAAUACAGAGAAGUUUGAGUGCAAAGUGAAGCAUAAUGAGCUGGCUGAACUCAAGGUGGUCCCUCUUUAUAAGACAAAUGGUAAGAGAAUAAAUGUAUACCUAUUCAGUUUGUUUGUUUUGUAUGGUUUUUUAAAAGUCCUUCUCAUCUGCUGUUAUCCAUUAUCCAUUGCAUGAUUAAUGUUACAGUGCUUCAGAUAUUUCCUAAUACAUUGUCAUCAAUGAAAUACGUUGACAUAAAAAAUAAUUAAAGAAAUUUGUGUACGUAUGUGUGUAUAUAUAUAUAUAUAUAUAUAUAUAUAUAUAUAUAUAUAAACCUAUAUCAUUUAGGUGUUUAAUAAUAUGGUAAGAAUCCAUUAAUAUGUGUCACCUAGUCAAAUGACGCUUAGCAAAACAUUAUUAGACAAAAGUCAAUUUUAUAUUGUAUGUAACACACUCCAUUCCUUAUCAAUCAUGUAUUUGCAACAACAGACAUAUAAUUAAACUUUUAAUAUUAUGUUUGUAGGAGGUGAUUUGAUGACUCCUGAGGUUUUUGUUUAUCCUCCACAACAAGAUGAGUUGUCCCAGAAAGAAACUGCCACGGUGACCUGCCUUGUAAAAGGGUUCAAUCCCAAGGAUGCAUUUGUCAAGUGGACAUACAUGGAAGAUCCUCUGGACUCACAUAUGUAUAUCAACACUGAAGCCAUUAAAGAAACCUCAUCCACUGGAAAAACAACACACUUCAUUUACAGCAAAUUAACGUUGCCUGCUAAGGAUUGGACCGAUGGGAAAAGUUACACCUGUGUAGUUGGCCAUGAAUCGCUGCCACUACAGCUAAUCCAAAAAACUAUUGACAAGUACACUGGUAAACCAACCUCAGUGAAUGUGUCCCUCGUCAUGUCUGAUACAUGUUGAUAAUCCUCCCAAGAAGACCUUAUAUCUCCACCUUUUGUUCUACCCUAAGUGAUGGUACUGAAGGAGGAGAAGGAAGAAAUUGUGUUUGUCUGUCUGUUCUUGUAUAUUAACUUCAAUGAACCCUGUCUGCAUAUUGAAAAGUAGAAAUAAAAAUCACUUUAUAAAAUGUCUGUUUGCAUGUGAUAUCUGUGUUAUUAAGAGCAGAGAUCAGAUUUUGAUAGUGUCAAAAUCAUUUUGGCAAUCUCACUUACGUCUGUUUAAAACUUUUUUAUUUAGAUAGGUAGAUGCUGGUGUCCCUCUUCUAAGUUCUUUAAUUAUGCUCAAAGUCCCUAUGGAAGUUUAGCUUAAACAAAUAAACAAAAAGAACUUGAGCCACUUAGUCAUUUAAUAUAUUGGAGUUUUGAAGUAUGCAUUCAGGUUCACCAGAUUGGGUGUUUGUUAAUGAAGCAUUUAACAUUCCUGUGACACACAAGUAUCUUAUAUAUAUGAUUGCACAGUUAGAACAACAGAUAAAUAGUCUUACAUUGGUUGGGUUUUGGGUCAUUUGCAGAUACAGGUCACUAGAGGACCUUUUUAUCACUUACAUUAGGUAAUCAAUAAUCAAACAUUCAUGUAAUCUUUAACUAGGGGGACAUCAUUUCUGGCAAAUAUUAAUCCAUUUAGCCUUGAGAAAACAAUUCAAUUCUGCAUUUUUAUUCAAACUAUUCAACCCCAGAAUAUUCUGCACAUUAUCAUUCAAAUUAAAAUAAACAGCACAGUAAAAUUGAUAGGGCCUUUUAAAGUCUAUACACACAAGUUAUUUAUUUCCUUAUGAGUAAAUGCUGAAGUAGUCAAAAAAAAAUCCUCAGUUAUCAUUUGACCAAGUGUUUCCUCUUUUAUUCCAUACAAUCUGCUGUAAAAUUAUUUAAGUAGAGAAUGCCCUUGGUUCCCAAACCAAUCAUAGAAGUGAUUAAACCUAAAUUGACCAAAACAAUUGUUUCAAUAAGCCGCUUUGAAUGUAUUAACAUCAGUAAUGAUCAGGCUUUUUCCUCCGUUAACCCUAAUUCAAUGUUUUGACUGCAGUCACUUCCAGCUCUACCAGACAAUAAUAAAUAUCAUAUAUGUUCAAAUAGUCUGCUCUGUAAAAUGACAUCACAUAUCCAUUUAAAUACAUGAUUGCACCUAUGAUGGGAUUUCAGUGUUCCAAAGUAGGGAAAUCAGAUCACUUUUUUAUCACAGUGCAGCUCUUUUAUCAAAUUACAAAUAAACCACACACUGCAUUGUUAUAGAGGUGCCAUUAUUCAUCAUAGAAUUAUUUGGAAAAUGCUAUAUGUUAUAAAAGUACAGCAGAAGAGUACUAGGGAAGAGCAAAGUUUAUAUUAUUAUUCAGAAUCACACAUAUCUGCAGUGUGUAGAUUAGGUCAACAACAAAAACAACUAAAAAAGUAAUUUUAGGAAGUUUCAUAUACUUGAACAAAAGGUGCUAGAAGUCCCACUCAAAAAAGCUUAUAUUAAAUCAGUCCUUCUGUAUAUUAUUUUCAUUUUACAGCCGUAAGGUGGCCACAAAUGUCACUGAUAAAAAACAGAUAUAAAAUACUAAAUAAGUGGUCUUCUGUGUCUGUCUUUAUAUCAAGAUGCAAGUAGGUAUUACAUGACCCUGGCUAUCAAAUGAUCUCAGUCUAUUAAACAAAUAAGUUUUCCAAGUUACGCCUACACCUUUUCAACCUGCAAAAGUGGCUAAAAAUAAAUUUCAAUGAUUUUACAAACAGUAUAGAGUGUUGUAAUAGAAGACAUAUGAGAGGUUCAGACAUAUUAGAGCAGUUAGUGUUUUUAGAAACAAUAUCUUAAACGUGCAUACACAGGGCAAAACUGUCGGGGCAAAAUGCAGUAUGAGACAUAAAAGGGGGAUAAAUGUACUUGGAGAAAGUGCACGAAGGAAAAUAAAGUACAGUGAGAUCAUUUUUAAUUCAGCUCUAGUUAUUCAGUAAUAUAUACCAUGCAACACCUGUCUACAGCAGAGCCAAUUUAAAAUAUUGUUCCCUCCAAUGUCCACAUUAGUAGGAAGCUUGUUGUUUUAUGUCUUACAGAAACAUUAAAAGCAUGCAUUUUAUAUUUGGGUUGGAAACUAGAGCCAAACAUAAUUCUUAUCAUUCAGGUGUUAUGAUCCAAACACAACAAAAUAUGUCACUAUUUCUUCCAAAAUCUAGAUCAAGAUUAUUUCUACAUCAAAACAUCACCGACUAGAAACGUGUUGCCCCUAUAAAAAUAAUAAAUAAAAACAAACUCAAAGCCAAUGCUUGACAGACUAUCAAAAGAAUCGAUCAUUUUCGAAAGUAUAUCCAUGUAUACAUUGCAAUAUGUGGAUAAUAGCAUAUUUUGGGAUUGGAUUUGUGUGGCUGUCAGGAAUCUGGGAUAACUUCUUACUCCAAUACUGUAUUGAGUCUGGAUAAAAAGAGAACAUCAAUGAAUAAAUACAUAUUAUAUCCUCAAUAUUACCUAAAGUCUUUUUUAAUGGCUGCAAGGUCACUUCUAAAAUAUGCAGAAAGAUGAUAUAAGGCAAUUCCAAAUCUGAUCUCUUCUAUUAGUUAAGCACAAAUGUUUGUAGUUGUCUCCUUUGUCAUUGUUUGCGUGUAUCCCCUCCGCCCACACCAUGUGACUAUAAGUUCUAGAUGCAUAUGGAAACGUGAUAUAGUUGACUCUUUUGCUAAUUUAUGUCUCAUGUCCCUACAGUUCGUGCAGUUUAUAUGGAUGAAGAAGAAGAUGCUGACAAUAUCUGGGCUACUGCCUCUACCUUCAUAGUGCUCUUCCUUCUGAGUUUGUUUUACAGUGCCACUGUAACUCUUUUCAAGGUAUGGUAUAGAAUCACUUAAUCAAUACUCAAAGAAAAUCAGAGUCUUUAUCCAGGCUUAAUAAUACUAUCAACUAGAAUUCAUGAUCUUACCAUUCCCCCUUCAAAAAGAAUAUGGUCAGCAAACUUGGAAAAGUCUGGCACUUGGCAUUUUAAUUGCAGAGUUUUGAAUUCCCCUAGGUUCCACUUUUAAGCCAAAUUCCUACUGAAAUCAAUAGAAAUACUCUAUAAGUCAAAAGUAAUAUUUCAUUGUUGAUGUAAGUCAGAGUUGGUCAAAAUGAUAACCAGUAAAUGAUAAGAUAAAACUUUUAUUUUUUAACAAACCACAGUCUAUGUACUGCUAUGCAUAUGUCUAUAUCCUUUGAUUAAAUGGAUCAUAAAGCAUGGUGGUUACCCUAUAUUGAAGUGUAAUUCCAUGUUAAAAUUUGUAUAUAUUCCUGUAAUUCAUUUCAGUUACUAAAAUUUGCACAAGUAUUUCCUAAGGUCAAAAAUCUACCUUAAAUUACCUGCAAAACUGGACUCCACAGCUAAUGAAUAUAAACCCCAUCUUUACCAAACACAACUUGUUAGUGCUGGGCAUUAUCCAGUCAAAUGUUUCUCACAGAUAAGCAGUGAGGCCAAAUCUCCAUUCCAGAACUUCUAAUAGAGAUAGAUGAUAUUCAGGUAUUUUUAUUAAAAAUGUGUUAUGGCUUUAUUCAUUAAAGUGACAUGUUUAAUUUUUUUGUAGGUUUUUUUCUUAAAAUACUAAUGCUUUAGGUCUCUGUUAACAAAAGGAUAAGGUUAAUUGGAGUUAUAACAAACGCAUGCUGUUUAGAAAGUAAUUUUACAUUAAAUUUAGAGUUUGGUACCUGUUUCUAAGAGUACAUAAGCUAAAGUGUUUACAUACAACUCUUGCAAAAUUGCAAAAUUAACUAGACUAACUUUCUGCAAAUGUUUUGUUAAAAUACGUUUUAAGAUCUUAGCAGGGCAGUAGCAGUGUAUUUAUAAAGCCAAGUUGUUGGAAUGCUAAUUAAUGACAGAUUUUAAUAUCAAACAACCUAAAUAAAUGAAUAUUCACCUAGUGGUUAAGUAAUUUAAAAAGUGGGCCUGUACUAUUUUACACAAUGAUAACAUUUUACAGCACAUGACUUUUCAUGUGUUAAUGAAUAUAUCUUGUGUUUUAUUUUCUUAGAAAUUAAGUUUAUUUAAGUAUUUCUCAGUGGUAGUAUGAGUUUAACCCCUUAAGGACCAAACUUCUGGAGUAAAAGGGAAUCAUGACAUGUCACACAUGUCAUGUGUCCUUAAGGGGUUAAACAUAAAGUUACACUUUUUAUAAACAAAUAUCUUCCACAAUUUGCUAAAAAAGUUUAAAAUGUUUCACAACCGAUACACUUAGUACAUUUUUACAUAACACUUAAAAACCUUUGUGAGGAUAUCAAAUAAUGACAUAAAGUGGAAAAGUUUGCCCCAGGCACAUUAACUCUUACCAAUUCCAGGGCACAUAUUGAUAUAAAUACAGACAGCAGUGUCACAAUUCAAAUUUUCAAAUUCCCAUGGAAAAUGUCUUUACGAUAAUGUACUAUUUUCUUUUUAGCUUUUAUGCCAGUGCAAGGGUAAUCUAAUCGAAACUAAUUUCCAUGGACAGAUGCAUCAUCUUGUUGUUUUAAUAGACGUUCAUUAAAACAUUAUUGCAUGGUGUGACUGACACCAUGCAGUGUAGGGUACCUAAAUCUCAGUGCAGCAUGUAUGUGAAAUAUAUUCAAUUCCUACCAUUCUUGCUAGUUUAGGAUUUAUGGAACUGUGACCCCCUUUAACAAUAACCCUCAUUUUAAAGAAUCAAAAGAUACCUUAUGCUAAAGCAUGUGUUAUGGUGAAAUAAUACUACAUCUUUUAUGAUGCUUUGUCAUUUUAAAGGCAUGCAAAGCAUCAUGGGAGUUGUAUUUCUACAACAUCUGAGGAUCUACCUUUUGGGCACCCCUACUAUAGACACUCAUUAACCACUGCCAUCUUUCUUCCAUGAUACAUGAGUAUGCUUAUCCUGCCAACUCUAUUAAGCAUUCAUUAUGCGCAUUGCUUGUAUAUAGAAUUGUACUUAUUCAUAUUUGUUUAUUAUCCUUUUUUUCAGGUAAAAUGA